UAAACAGCAAAGGAGACCCAAGACCAACCCGAGUGGGCAUAUCAGAUCCGCUGAGCGUGAAGUAAGCGGUCAGUCCUCGGGCACUGGAGAUCAGAUCACGGGGCGUGGGCUCCGGAAAGAUCUUUCACUUAUACAACUACAACAAAUUAGUUCACUUCAAGACUGAAAAUGAAUCGCGGAUCGCAAAAGUCGAGUGAUGAGACGCUUAUAGAAAUGAGCCGAACUGCUUGGUCCAGCGGCGAAGACAACAAUGGCUUCCAUUCCAAUUCGGAUAAGGAGACGUUUCAACUUGAGAAUGCUGAGAUCUGGAGAAAGAGAGCUUUAUUUCUGAAGUAUCGCUCCAGGGUGGAUAAACAGCAGCAGAGUAAGGACUCUGUGUACUUCAGGGAUGGUGUACGGAGGAUAGAUUUCGUCCUGUCUUACAUCGACGACAAGGAUGGAGAAAAGAAACAGGACCGAAGGAAGGUGUUUGAGGCUAACUUACAGAAAGCCGGACUGGAGGUGGAGACCGAGGACAAAUCUGAGUCUGAGGAUGGAAAGACGUACUUCUUGAAGAUCCACGUUCCAUGGGAGGUGCUGGCGACAUAUGCCGACGUCCUGAAAAUCAAAGUGCCUUUCAAAGCCAACGAUAUUCCUGAAAAUAAAGAGAUACCGAUGGGCUGGCUCUUCACGCCCUUCCGCCUGCCCGACCAUGUGAUGAAUCCAGAGCCCGACUUCUUCACCUCCACGUUCGACAAGAGCAAGAUCGACUUCUUCCUUAUUGAAGAUAAAGAAACCCUCUUUCCUGCGUCCACGCGCAACAGGAUUGUUUAUUACCUCCUUUCCCGAAUCCCGUACAGCACAGAAGACAAAGAUAAGAAGGGUAUUAAGAGGUUGCUGAACAACGGGACCUACACGUCCGCCUUCCCUCUGCAUGACUGUCGAUAUUGGACCAGGUCUCGUGAUGAUAACUGUGAGAGCGAACGCUAUUCUCUGUAUAAAAACUGGGCUCGCUUCAGCAGCUUCUACAAGGAGCAGCCGCUCAACCUCAUUCGGAAGUACUAUGGAGAGAAGAUCGGCAUCUACUUUGCUUGGCUGGGUUUUUACACGGAGAUGCUGUCCUAUGCUGCGGUUGUGGGUUUACUCUGCUUCAUCUAUGGAGUGGCCACCUUUGACGAAAACAUCUGGAGUCGAGAGAUCUGCAACGAGACCAUCGGUGGGCAGAUUGUCAUGUGUCCGCUCUGUGAUAAGAAAUGCGGCUACUGGAAGCUCAGCACUACCUGCAGCUCUUCAUGGCAAUCUUAUUUAUUUGACAAUGCAGCGACGGUGUUCUUUGCUAUAUUCAUGGGAAUAUGGGUCACUUUAUUCCUGGAGUUCUGGAAGCGGCGUCAGGCCCGGCUGGAGUACGAGUGGGAUCUGGUGGACUUUGAGGAAGAGCAACAGCAGCUCCAGCUCAGACCCGAAUACGAGUCCAAGUGCACCAAUCGGCGACUCAACCGCGUCACACAGGAACAGGAGUGGGUUCUAGACCAGACUCCAGCCGAUAAAGCAGGCAGGUUUGUCCUGUGCUGGACCACUGUUCUCUUAUGGAUCUCUCUGAUUAUCGCCAGUAUUAUCGGUGUGAUUGCGUAUCGUCUGGCGGUGUUCGCUGCAUUCGCGAGCAUCAUGAAGGACAGUCCCACUAAUAAGCUGGAGAUAGUGGGAAACCUGAUCACGCCUCAGUUCGCUACGUCUGUAACGGCGUCCUGCAUCAACUUUGUCAUCAUCAUGGUGCUGAACUUCCUGUAUGAGCGCGUCGCCAUCAAGAUCACUGAUAUGGAGGUCCCUAAAACACACGUCGAGUACGAGAACAAGCUGACGAUAAAGAUGUUCCUCUUCCAGUUCGUCAACUAUUAUUCCUCCUGCUUCUACGUUGCUUUCUUCAAGGGUAAAUUUGUGGGAUAUCCUGGAAACUACGCCUACAUGUUUGGGCCUUGGAGUGGACUGAGAAAUGAAGAGUGUGAGCCUGGCGGCUGUCUGAUCGAGCUGACCACUCAGUUAGUGAUCGUGAUGGUGGGCAAGCAGGUGUGGGGGAACAUUCAAGAAGCUCUCGUCCCCUGGCUGCGUAACUGGUGGGUGAGCAGAAGUGCUCGUAAUCAUCCGGAGAGUCUGUACAGCCGCUGGGAGCAGGAUCACGAUCUGCAGAACUUGGGGCAGCUCGGCCUCUUCUACGAGUACCUGGAGAUGGUGAUUCAGUUUGGCUUCAUCACUCUGUUCGUGGCCUCUUUUCCUCUGGCUCCGCUCCUGGCUCUGAUGAAUAAUAUCCUGGAGGUGCGCGUGGACGCCUGGAAGUUCACCACUCAGUUCCGCAGACCCGUCGCUGCUAAAGCGCACAGCAUCGGCGCCUGGGAGGAAAUCCUCAACAUGAUCGCAGUCUUCUCCGUCGUCACCAACGCUUUCAUCGUGUCCUUCACGUCUGACAUGAUCCCGCGGCUGGUGUACCAGUACGUGCAUAAUACGGGCAAUGCGGCCUCUAUGUCGGGAUACAUCACCCACAGCCUCUCCAUCUACAACAUCUCAGAGUUUCCUCCCGAAAACCGUCCGGAUGAUGACGAAAACCCAGACUGGUUCAACGCCGGCAACUACACCACCUGCAGGUAUCGAGAUUAUCGAUAUCCUCCAGGACACGAGAAGCAGUACACCCACAACAUGGACUUCUGGCACAUCCUCGCCGCCAAACUGGCAUUCAUCAUCAUCAUGGAGCAUGUGGUGUUUGUGGUGAAGUUUUUCGUGGCGUGGUUGAUCCCCGACGUGCCUUCAGACGUAAAAGCGCGUGUAAAGCGCGAGCGUUACCUCAUCCAGGAGUAUCUGCACGACUAUGAGGUGGAAAAACUGAAGAACCAGCUCAGCCUGAACACUGACGUCCACAAUGACAUUACGGCAUGCACCUGUCCCACCACAGACGCCAUCCCCAAACUGGAGGUAUUAUCAGACUGUCUGACCUAACAGAGGCCACCCUCUGAAGCAGGACCCAAAAAACACACACACCACAUGAUUAAUGUCGCAGACACACUUACUCUUUGGUGUAUUCCUCGACAAAUCACACUCCUAUGUUAAAUCUCCGUAAAGGAAGAAUCCACUAGAUCUGAGUUUGUGUAGAAGAAUGAGACGUAUGAAGUGAAGCUAUCUAUGCGCAGUAGACAUAUGAGCUCCGUUUUAACUCCUUUCCGUCCAUGCAAAUUGCACUUUGCUCUUAUCAAGAACGAUCACGGUCUCUCGGUCAAUCUACUCUAAUUCCCUCAUAAUUGUUCUCGGUUGAUGUUGUUCAUUUUUGUUAUGCUAUACGACACUACAAACAUACAGAGCAGACGAUUAUGUUCGUUAUGAAACACUGUAUAAGGAUCAGGCAGCUGAAGCGACAGUGAAAACGUUACGUUUACAUUUAAGCCCCCAAACCAACCCAUUUUCUUGACAGGUUUUAAUCAGUUCACUCUUAAUUACAAUAAGGAUGUCUCUACCACACAGCGUCAAAACACUUGAUAGUUGUACACCAAAGUUCUCUUAUUAUGUUUUGAUGAGUAUCCAACUACUCAGUACUUGUUUUUAGAUGAGUACAAGUUAAAAUAACAAGUGCUUCACUUCACAGUGGGUAACAUGUAACUGGGUUUCUAUGAGUUACUAAGAGUUACAACCAGGGCCAGACGGAAUCUGUGGACGAUUUUUGCUUUUUCUGCGGAGAAUUUUGCAAAAAAAAUCUGCGGAAUUAUUUUGGGAGUAUCAUAACUAAAACUGUAAUGUAUUAAACAAAAAAUAAUAUCUUUUUAACUUUUAUUUAACGUUUACAAAGCAAAUCCAAUUAGAUUCACUUUAUUUGGUAAACAAAGCAAAGUCUCUCAUAUAGUAUCUCUACUAAAAGAGAGAAAAUAUGACUGUACAAACUGUAUUGUACAUAAAUCAGAUGGACAUCUUCAUAUUAGUCAGUAACAUUACUGUAAUUUUGUUAAAACUGAAUUAAUAUAGAUUUACACACAUUUACUCAAGUAAAUAAACAGAAUUAAUGACGGGCUAAAAAUCUGCAGAAUUCUGCAGAAAAUCUGCGCGCGCAGAUUCCAUGUGGGCCUAGUUAUAACAAUGUCUCCACACAGCUUUGAGUACUGAGUACUUACAUUUCUAUAUAAAGUAUGGACGUUCGCUAACGAUAAGUGUUGUCAGAGUCCUGGAAUUUGAUACCAAUCGGUGAAGUAAUUUAAAAAUGUCCAUUUCCCACUGAUAUUGCCUAAAUCUGAUAUUGCAAUGUUAUUUUUCUGCAAUAAAUCUUGCGAUAUGAAUAUAGUUUAUCAAGAUGCUUUGAAAAGCACUAUUUGACGGUUUUCUGGGGAGUCGGGUUCAGAAAUCGAAAAAUCAAAAUGCGAAACUUGCUUCUCUUACUUUCAACAUAGGCUCAUUCUGAAAACGUAGCCCUGUGUACAUUUCUGGAGGUCGUGAAUUAUAUAGCCAGAGGAAGGUAUGGCUGCAUUUCAUUUUUUAAAUGAACACUACGGCGCGGUAUGACACCGUUCCUUUUCAUGCUUACCAGCUGACUGUUACCUCUGUAUGGGUGGUUUUCCGGCUGUUACCAGUUUGUCCAGUAGCUCGCGUGUACGUCAGUGGACUUUAAAUGCAGAGGACAUGACCGCAACAACGGGGUUCGAGUCCGGUGAAGAACGGUUCCAGAAAGCGGGUAAAAUCAGAAGCCAUAAAAUAAAAUAAACAAGUAUAUAACAUGGUGAAAACGUGGCAAAAUGUAGUAAAAAAAAUCAGACAGGGCUUUUCUUUUACUCAAUUGCUUUUUAAAUUUGCCAGUU